AUGGAAAACACAAAUAAUAAAGACGGCGAAGAACUAAAAUGUCAGUGUAAUUGUGGAAUUACACCAUGUGCAAUUGUUGAUAAGAAGCAUCUAGAAAUAGAGAAGCAAACUAACAAGAAAAACCUUAACAAUCGGCUAUCAUUUUAA